GACAGUAUGCGAUGCCAAUAUCUAAAUAUAGAAGCUCCCAGUAGAAGUUGGCUGUGCGUGGUCUAGACUCCCAACCACCUCCCAUAUUCUACUACUCAUCCGCAGUUUUCUUUUAGCCUUUGUGGGAUUCACAUCACUUACCCAUCACUAGACUUAGCAGGAGGACAGCAGUGGGAGCGGACUAGCGGUCUAGUAAUGUCUGCCUGACAGCCGCCGACACGCGCGGGUUGACUCGUCUCAACCUUUACUUCGCGGUUGUGGGGCGGCAGGACCAGUAGUAGCAGAAUGUCUGGCCAGCAGCCACCCCCACAACCCCCUCACAGAGGGGGCUGGGGUCGAAUGCCACCCUCCCCGUCGCCGGUGCCUUUCCUCCCUGUUUCACCAUACGCACCCUCUCCGCCGCCGAUCAUGUCGGCUCGAAGGCUCCCGGGUUCUCCAGUGCCUCCGAUGGCAAUGCCUUCUAUGUCUCCCUUGUUCGGAUGCCCUUCUCCUGCCAGACUGCCUUCUCGAAUGGCCGCGCCAGGAACUCCGUACAUUCCGUGUCCGCGGCCACGAUGGCCGUCGCCCUUGCCACCUGGAGUACCGCUCCCACCAGGACCGCGUCCUUACCGCCUCACGCCUGUACAGAGUCCAACGCCCGUGAUUUGUCCAUCGCCGGAAUAUUUCUACUCGCCAUAUCCCGAGCCGGAGUACGUUGGAGUACCCCUGGAACCUCCAGGUCCCCCUCUGGAGUAUGAGGACGCCACACAAGCAGGGCUGUCCACAGCGGCCAUCAUCGCCAGCCAAUCGCAGGACUACGUCGACGAGAAGCUGGCUGAAUACCAGGCGACCAUCCAUCAGCUGCAAGUUUUUAGACCCCCGCCCAACCCCCAAGCUGGAAGUCCACCCCUUGUCGGCUGUCAGCGACUGCCUAUUCAAUAUCUUCGCAGCUGUCCUCCACACCUGAAGGCCGACUCCACACCCAGCCUGAGGUUACGUCAUGCCGUGUUGACAAAGGGGCACACUUGAUGUGGUAAACUGAAGAACUUGGGACAUUUUUUUUUUCAAAGUGUUUCGAGGUAUUUGAAAUAACACUGUAGAAGAAAUAAUUGCGAAUCUAACUACGCUGUACAUCAGAACAUUAUAUGUUAAACUGGUUAUGAUUUUGUGCAAAUUCAACCUUAUUUAACAUAGACAAAAAAGGAUAAAUGCUUUAUUUUUUAAAGUUAUAAUAAAUUUGCUUCAUAAUAAUAAAAUGCAAUUCUUGGCA